AUGCCAGAAAAGCCCCCUCCGGUAUUAGAAAGAUACGACGGUUCAGCGGACCCCGACAAUCACCUUCGCAACUUCAUCGAUGCCAUGGCGUUCUACACGGAUAACGAUCCCGUCAUAUGCCGAGCUUUUUCGUUAUCCCUGAAAGAUGAGGCACUCGAGUGGUAUCACACUCUCCCUCAAAAUUCGGUUGAUUGCUUUGCCACCGUAGAAGCUUUGUUUCGCAAACAGUAUGCUACCAGCCGGAGACCAGAAAUGACUCCUGCUGAACUUGUCAACACCAAGCAGGAGAAAGAUGAGACCCUGAAGGCCUUCAUGCAGAGGUACAAUGAGACGGCCCGACGUGUGAAGAACGUAAACCACACGUUUAUAAUCAGUAAUCUACCUUCCUGCUUACGCCCAGGGUAUUUCGCCGAACAGCUAUACGCAGAUCCUCCCAAAUCCAUGGAGGAGCUCCAGGCAACGAUCGCAAAAUUCAUCCGCAUAGAAGACCUCAAGAACUCACGGAAAAAACAACAACAGGACAGCCCGAACAAUAAUACUAGGAAGGACAUGAAACGGUCGUCUAACGACCACAAAAAUGAAAGACCCCCUUGA